GCGAAUGUCUUAAAAUAGAGAGGCCAAGACGCGCGGGACUCCGCAAGGCGGAGGGGAGAGCGGCACCGGCAGGGUAGACGCGCGCAGGCUGGCCGUACGGCGGGGCUGGGUAGGGCGCACGCCCCUAGGCCGCUGGCCUUCCCAGCGUUCCACACCCGGUCGCGAGCGGCCGCGCCCGGCCCCGCAGGAAGCGUGCGCUGAUUGACAGCUGCGCCGUCCCCAAAAGGCUACGGCGAAGAUGUUUCCCUGCGGGUGGGUGUAGACGCGGCGGGCGCGUCCGGCGCACGGCUCUUUCCUCGCGCGUCUCCGGAGCCCGCGCCUCCUCUCGCGCUGCGAGGAGCGGGCUGAACCCCGCGCGGGUGCGCCCGCCUCCGCGACCCCUGGCCGGGCCCUCGCCGCGCGCUCGGCCUCAGGCGCUCGCCGGGUCACCAUGCACUGCCACGCCGAGCUGAGGCUGAGCUCGCCCGGCCAGCUCAAAGCAGCCAGGCGGCGCUACAAGACUUUCAUGAUCGACGAGAUCCUCUCCAAGGAGACCUGCGACUACUUCGAGAAACUUUCCCUCUACUCCGUGUGCCCAUCUCUGGUCGUGCGACCCAAACCCCUGCAUUCCUGCAACGGGCCCCCUUCCCUCCGGGCGUAUCCUCUCCUCUCGGUGAUCACCCGGCAGCCCACCGUCCUCUCCCACCUGGUCCCUGCCUCCCCGGGGAUCGCCCAGGCCCUGUCCCGCCACCCGGGGGCGGAGGCGGCUCCCGGGGAGGCCGUGGGCAACGAGGGCCUCGCCAGCAGCGAGUCGGAGACGGAGCAGCCGGCGCCGCGGCAGAAGAAACCCCGUCGCAGUCGGACCAUCUUCACCGAGCUGCAGCUCAUGGGCCUGGAGAAGAAAUUCCAGAAGCAGAAGUACCUGUCCACUCCAGACAGAUUGGAUUUGGCUCAGUCUCUGGGACUCACCCAACUGCAGGUGAAGACUUGGUAUCAGAAUCGCAGAAUGAAAUGGAAGAAAAUGGUUCUUAAAGGAGGACAGGAAGCACCCACAAAACCCAAAGGUCGUCCCAAGAAGAACUCCAUCCCCACGUCGGAAGAGAUCGAAGCUGAAGAGAAGAUGAGCAGCCAGGCUGAGAGCCAGGAGCCCUCUCAGGGACAGGGGGGCCUCUGCGAUGCCCAGGAGCCGAAAGCACGCGGGGUCCCCUUAGAGGUGGCCGAGCCCCCAGACCAGCCCCAGGAGUUGCCUCUAGCCUCUUCGGAUCCCCCACCAUCAAGCUAAGAUCAAGCUCGUUGUGGGGAGGGGGAGAUUGGGAAGAAGGGAAGAGAGAGAAGGCAGGGAGAACAGGGAGAGGAACACUUCCAAAAGACUUUAAGGAAAAACUUGGAGAUGAGAAAUCCGUGCGGCUCCCUCCGUCCACGGUUCUCAGUGGUGUGUUCCUCCCAAGCAUUGGCUGAACACUUGCUCAUGUUGGGCCUUUCUCUUAUGAAAGGCUGCUUGUGCCAAGGGAUGCCCUUGACUCAGGGAGGCAGCCCCCCGGGUUGGGGAGACGGCCAUGGGGCUGGGUACAAGAAGCCUGGCUGUGUUGCAAGCCCCAUCCUGGCGCACGGUGGAGCAACACUCUAGCUCUUUCCUCCGCCAUCCUCCGGGCAGCCAGCAACGAAAGCAGACGGAGAUGGAAGAACUUGGGCAGCGGGCCCAAGAUUCUUGAUGACCCAGCACUUAUUUCUGUAGUUUUUAGAAGAGAAUUUAACGUUUUUGGUUUGUUCUGUUUCAUUUUGUUUUUUGAAGGGGGUGGUUAGUGAGGGUGGGCAAAUAAGAGUUGGGGUAAGGGGAUUCUGAGUUGUUAGAGUUGCUUCCAGAUAAAGUUUGUGUUUGUUUGAAGACACGUGUGCCUUUGUACCCGUUAUAAAGAGGUCAGGUGACCCGAGAAGAGAUAAGCCUUGUUUUUCUUGCUUCAUUGAGUUGCCAUCCCUGACACUGCAAUGCAGAUAUGUUAAGAUGACUUUUAUUUUUUAAUU